AUGGAGACUCAUCCGUACACAUGCAACACCUGCCAGGUGGCCUUUCGCAGCAGCGAAGCCCAGAGAGGGCACAUGAGAAGUGACUGGCACCGAUACAACUUGAAGCGUCGGGUUGCUACUCUGCCUCCCAUAUCGUCUGAGGUCUUUACCGAUAAGGUGCUGAACGCCCAGGCAGCCAACUCCGCUGCUGCCGCCAAAGCCACAUACGAAAAGUCAUGUGCCGCAUGUCAGAAGACGUACUACAGCGAGAAUGCAUUCCAGAACCAUAUCGGAAGCCAGAAGCAUAGGCAGCGAGAGGCCAUGCUGCGUAGAGAGGGAGGGAAGGAUGAGACGGCGUCGGUGAUGAGUGGUACUUUCUCCAUGGGGGAUCCGAUUAACGAACGCAGCGAGGCGGGCGAGGGUGAUGUCGAGCCUGGAGAGCAAGAGUUCUCCGAGAUUAUUAGUGGGAUCAAGGGUGCGAAGAUUGAUGCACACGAUCCGCUUCCCAUCCGUCCCCGACGCCCCAGCCACACUGUCGAGAAGGAGUCGGCGAGCUCUUCCGGUGUUGAGAAGGAUGGAGAGGGACCCGAAAUCUCGCUUGCUCAGUGCUUCUUCUGCAACUAUAAGUCGCCUAAUGUCAAGCUCAAUGUUUUGCACAUGGGCAAAUUCCAUGGCAUGUUUAUUCCCGAACAAGAGUACCUCACCGACGGAGAAGGUCUCCUUGAAUAUCUACAAGCAAAGAUCUACAAGAACAGCGAGUGCCUUUACUGCCAUAAAUUGAAGGCAACUCCAGAGGCUGUGCAGACGCACAUGAGAGAUAAGGGCCAUUGUAUGAUUGCCUUUGAAACAGAGGAUGAGCAGAUCGAGAUUGGCCAGUUCUAUGACUUCACAAGCACAUAUUCUGAUGACGAGGAAGAGGUAGAGGGAGAAGGAGAGGAGGGAGGAAAGGAAGUGCAAGAUGAUGGCUGGGAGACAGAUACUUCGGUUUCGUCACUCGACUCGGCUGAGAUUGGUGCUGAGCCCAUUGAUGAUCGAUCACAUCAGUACUCCAAACUGUCGCGGCACCCCCAUCAUUCAAAUACCGAUCCCCGCAAGCAUCGUAAUAUAGAUGGUUUCCACUCUCAUGCACAUACGCACGGCCAUGCGGCGUUUGUACAUGACGGUGAACUCCACCUACCAACUGGGCGCACCGCAGGCCACAGAUCCAAUGCCAAAUACUUCCGUCAAAACUUGCACAACUAUCCUACCGAGGAGGAACGCUUAACCAGGCAGCGUAUGAUUGAAGAGGCUGGUCCCGAUGCUGAGGAAGAAGGGGAUGAUCAGGCUAAUGGCACCAACAAGAACCGUGCUUUAACCUCGAGGGCUAACGGUGGCUUGGGUAUGAUUGGUGCUUCAGACAGUCAAAGGAAGGAAGUCCGCGGGGCCGAAGUGAGAGAGCGUCGACGAGCUGAUCGAUCUCGGCGACAGUAUGAAUGGAAGCUCAACAAAGGAGCCAACAGUCAGAAACAUUUCAGGGAUCCUCUUCUUCAGUGA